AUGUCGGCAUGUAAUAAACUUGGCGUUGAAAAGGCUAUCGAAAUCAAACAAGAACAACUAAAUAUAAAUAAAAAAUCAGAUUUAUCGAAGAUACGCAAGAAACUUAAUCAAAUACUCAAAGAGUUAGGUAAUUCGGAUCAAAAUCUUGCAUUAAAAAAUCAAAUACAAAAUCAAAUUCAAAAAAUCACAGAAAUUGAAGGUCAGAAAUCAAAUUUCGAAGCAUUAAUACAAAAUUCAUACGAAGACAUAAAUUUAAACGAAUCAGAUCUCGAUUAUACUCUAAAUCCGAAUGAUAAUCAUUUAGGUGCCGGCGGAUUCGGAACUGUCUCAAAAGCAACAUUGAAACGUACCUCAGAGUUUGUUGCUGUCAAAAAAAUCAGAUACGACAAGCUCAGUCCCAAAGCAUGGCAAUCAAUUUGGGAUGAGAUCACAUUAAUGAAGAAACUCCAUCAUCCAUGCAUUCUAGAAUUAGUUGGUGCUCAAAUUCACGAACCGUACUGCAUUAUUACUCGAUUUUGCUCAGGAAGGUCUUUAUUUGAUCGUCUUCAUCGACAAAAGACAAAUCAGCUCCCAGCAUUACAACCAACGGAACUUACAAAGAUCGCAUACCAGAUUGCUUUAGGUAUGGAGUAUCUCCACGCCCAAAAAAUUGUUCAUCGAGAUUUGAAGACAUUAAAUAUUCUUUUAGACGAUAAAAACAACGCUGUUAUUGCAGAUUUUGGUCUUUCCGGCCACGUUGAGAACCAAAUGAACGAAUCCGUCGGAACUCCUCAUUAUUCAGCUCCAGAGAUGUUAGUUCACACCGCAUACACAAGCAAAGUCGAUGUUUACUCUUACGCGAUCGUUGUAUGGGAGAUGCUUACCGGAGAAGUCCCUUUCAACGACAAAGUUCUUGAUAAAAUUUAUGAACACGUCGUAACUUUCGGUUGGCGACUUCCUAUACCCGAUUCAGCUUCUCCAGGUCUGGUUAAGCUCAUUACUACAUGCUGGUCGAAGGAUCCUACCGAGCGUCCUGAAUUUCAUCAAAUUGUCAAACAGUUUGAGGACGGAUUGAUCAAAUUCCCAGAUAGCGAUGACUUGGACUACACAAUGAUCAAGAAGGAAAUAAGAUGUCCUCCUAUCAACGAAAAUUACGCAAUUGAUGUAUUAAAACAUGUAACGAACACAUAUUUCGGAAGCGUUUUGAAGUUUAUUGCCCAACACAUUGACGCUCAUGUUGUAGAAAUCAUGCGAAAUGUAAAUAUUUUAGAUGAUAUCGUUCAAUGCAGGUCGGAGAAUUUCGAUUCAGUUUUGCUACUUGCUUCUAAUAUACUUGACCAAACAACUGAUUGGAUCCGAUUUCUCGAAUCAGGUGCAACAAAAAUGUUGAGAUAUACGAUCGAAUCCAACGAAUACUUGAAGUACGGUACACUCUGGUUCUUGGUUCGCAUGCCUAAUGGUGUUUUGUCCAAUUAUAUAGACCUUCUUCCUAAAAUUAUUAGUUUAUUGCAAAAAGACCCUCCAAAGGACAUAAAGGAAGAUGAAAUCAAGAACCACAGACUAUGUAUAUUCCGUGUUAUCUUCAGAUUCGAGUACGAACAGCUGCAAGAGUACAAAGAAAUUAUUGGUCAUAAAUUACCAACAGUUGUCGACUAUGUUGUUAAACAUACCGACAACCUGGAAGCUCCCAAAAAUUUCCAGACUCUUAUUACCUUGUUUAGUUACGUAAGUUCGAAUAUUGAUCGUUCAGACAUCUCCAAAUUCUAUCCCCUCCUGUCUUAUGUUGAUGAUAAGAUGCAGAAGACCUUCAUUAGUGACCUCGAUAGUUUGUCCGAUGAGUCAAAUUAUCCAUUAUUAAUCUUAUCUAUGUUAAAAGCUCAUCCAAAGGCCGGCAGCCACAAUCUUGUUGAUUUCCUUUUCAAGUGCAAAGGAGAAACAAUCUCACAACUCUGGAAAAUCGAUGGCUUUUUCAAGAUUCUCGAAGAAAAGCUCAAAUCGUCCGAUAGAGUCACUCCACCUCUUGCCGUUAUGUUCUGUAUUGCGCAAAUCCCAGAAGCAGCCCUCGAAAUGGCCGACCACGAAGACUUAAUGACGGCAUUAUUUGAAAUCAAAGACCAUGACGAGCAACAACUUCAAAUUCUUACGGCAUUAACAGCCAACGAAGAGUUCUGCAAGAAGAAAGAUCUCUACAUGGAUUCCACGAUCCAUUUACUCGCACGAGAUCUAAUGGACGACAAAUACAGAGAUUGUUCUGUCAGAUUAAUCUCUGCCAUGUCCUCACAUCAAACCGGUUGCAAGAAGCUUGAAGAGAACACCGUUUUCCUUCCUUUCGUCCAAUAUUUCUGCAGUUCCUCCAUUCCAGACUCAUUAUCUCCGAACACUAUCAUUAAAAACGCCGUGAAAGCUCGUGUUCGUCUUCAGCAGCCAUCAGUUAUUGUUUCCUGCCUUAUGCAGAAGAUGGUCAACGAGCUCUCUCGGAAGGAAGAGAUCCUUGACACACUCACAGUCUUAGUCACUUACAUGGAAGGUUCAGUGCAAAUUCAUGAUAUAAAGACGAUAAUUAUCCCCCAAAUAAAUAGUGACGACCCCAAAAUCGUUUAUCAUUCAUUGAAAUUUAUCAAGCACUGCAAUUUUGCAAAAUUCCAACCAGACAUGACAAAUGAACUUGUUAGUGCUAUCAAUGACAUGUUGAACAACAAGGACAUGAUGUAUCCAAGUAUUAUUGAAGUUGCAGCUGAUGUUUUGAAUAACGUUCAUUCUCUGGAUGAACAAUACGCGAAAAGUAUCUUCGAUAGAAUGGAUUUGAUCAAUUUCUUAAAGAAGACAGUUGAUAAGUUCCCUGUUAAGUAUGAUGCGAAGAAACAGAAGAUUUUGGAAUAUGUCAAAAAGUUUGAACAAAAAUCUGCAUUUACAAAUACUGUUUUCCUCAAAUCUGAAAUGAAAUUCCCUUUUUCUGUUUAA